AUGCUCGCGCUCUCAACGGCGCGCCGCCUUGCGACUCGCCGGCCCGCGCUGCGCCGUCUGACCGCGCGCCCCACACGCCGCAGUGCGCCAGCGCCGCUGCUGCAUCGCGCGUUCGCCCACGUGACGUUCACGUUCGUCGACGGCGAAGGCGCGCGCACGACUGUGACGGCGCCGGAGGGCCAGUCGCUACUGGACGUGGCCCACGCGCACGACGUGGAGCUCGAGGGCGCGUGCGGCGGCGAACUCGCGUGCUCGACGUGCCAUGUGGUGCUGGAGAAGCGCAUCUUUGACGAGCUGCCGGCCAUGAGCGAAGAGGAGGAGGACAUGUUGGACCUGGCGUGGGGCCUCACGGACACGUCGCGGCUGGGCUGCCAGGUCGUGGUGGCCCGGGCCAUGGAGGGCAUGACGGUGCAGGUCCCGGACGAGACGGACAACCUCAUGUAG